AGGAGACAUUUUCCUUGCUUUCUGGUCUUGAAUGAUGGUCUCUUGGAAGCAUUACCUUUUCACUGUGUCUCUUAUCACUGCCCUGAUUUUUGUAUUUGUUUACAAUCACAAGUUAUGGGAGGAGAAGCAUUUUCUGAGGGCAUCUCUGUCCAAUGCUUCGGCGUUAACAGAAGUCUGUCACCAGAUUUUUAAGGGGAGGGUUUUUUACCCAACGGGGAACGCACUGAAAACUACUCUCAGUGACUCUACCUGUUACGAGUAUAUGGCUCAAAGUCACUAUAUAACAGAAACACUAUCAGAAGAGGAGGCAGGGUUCCCUCUGGCUUACACAGUGACCAUCCACAAAGACUUUGACACUUUUGAGAGACUCUUCAGGGCGAUUUACAUGCCCCAAAAUGUCUACUGUGUGCAUGUGGAUGAAAAGGCAACAGACACAUUUAAAAAUGCAGUGAAGCAAUUGCUCAGCUGCUUCCCAAAUGCUUUUCUGGCUUCGAAGAUGGAGCCCGUGGUCUAUGGUGGGAUUUCCAGGCUCCAGGCAGACCUGAACUGCCUUAAAGACCUUGGGGCAUCCGAGGUGCCCUGGAAGUACGCCAUCAACACGUGUGGCCAGGAUUUCCCCCUGAAGACCAACAAGGAGAUCGUUCGGUAUCUGAAAGGAUUUAAAGGGAAAAACAUCACCCCCGGGGUGCUGCCCCCUGCUCAUGCCAUUGGACGGACCAAGUACGUCCACCGGGAGCUCUUAAGCAAAAAGAAUUCCUACAUGCUUAAAACAACACAAUUAAAGACCCCACCUCCUCACAACAUGACCAUCUACUUCGGCACUGCCUAUGUGGCCCUCACCAGGGAAUUCACCAACUUUGUCCUCCAAGACCAGCAUGCACUUGACUUGCUCUCCUGGUCCAAAGACACUUACAGUCCUGAUGAACACUUCUGGGUGACGCUCAAUAGGAUCCCAGGCAGGCUCCAUGCCCAGUGUGGAGCCCAUCGUGGGGCCUGAACUCACAACCCCGGGAUCAAGCCCUGAGCUGAGAUCAAGAGUCAGACACCCAAUCAGCUGAGCCACUCAGGUGCUCCCACAACAACAACAAAAAUUUUUAAAUAAAUAAAAGGACUGCAUGGGAGCUAUUCAACACUGUUUUUCAAGUUUGGGAGCGGGGUUAUGUUGUGGUGGAAUUCUCGCAAUAGUGUAUCAAACCCCAGUCAAAUAAAACAGUCAUGUGGAUGGCCUCAGACCUAGUCUCCCGGAGAAAGGAAAGCUUGAAAAAAAAAAAAAAAAGAAAGGAAAAGAAACUUAGCAAAAGUCACUGGGACAGCAGGUGUCUAAGGAUUGCGAAAGGCUGGGAAUCCAGGAAGCAUGAGGCAAGAUCUGAACACCUGGUGUCCCCAAGUCAGAACAGAGGAAGGAGAACCUUGGGCGUGGGGAAUUGUUCUCUGCAGAAAGAGGAGAGAGAAGAUGGUUCACGGGGCCUCUGGGCUCCAGAUUCUUACCAAGCACCUGGUAAUUAGUUCAAGGGCCAGGCCUCAGGAACCCUGUUCACCUGGAGCCAAGAGUUACCUGGAUCAUGUCUUCUGCUUGUGACCAGUCAGAACAUGCAGCAGUGUGGUCACCUGCACAGGGGAGGGAGGGAUGGAGAUUGGAAAUCAAUCAUAAUACGAGCUGCAAGGAAAAUAUUUGUCCAGAUGGUUUUUCUGAGCUAUAGAAAGAAAGCAGUGGAAAGGAAAGAAUUUCCAUAGUGUUUCUGACGUAGGUGCUUUCUCAACACUGUUGACCGAUUGAACUUGAAACAGAAAAAAGAAGUGCUGGAGAAAAGGAAAGCCUGCGUCUCCCUGGAAGUGAACCCAGGCCCACUUCCUUCUCACAAUGGUUCCAUGGAGCCAUCUGGGUGCUGAUGCCUUCCUGGGCCUGCCUGAUGGGGCACAGGAUGGCAAAGUGGCUCACUAUCCAGUCCCAGGUCACACCUCCCCACUGAGUGACCCUGGACGGGAGAUCCCUGAGUCAUAAUUCCUCGCUGGGCAGAUAAGGGUGAUGGCCCCAGAUGCCAGCAGUCAUCAUACCCGUUGAUAACACACAUUCUGCUUGUCUCUGUGGGUGUUCCCUCUCUCCUCAUCUGCUCCACGUUACAAGUGGCUGGCACUCAGCUCCCCGUUGAUAAGCGCGAAGAGUUUUUGAAUUUUUGAAUUUUUGACUUCCUGUUCUGUUUUCUCUUGACUCCUUUUCUUCUGGGCAUUGCUGACUGGCAGAAAGGAGAGGUGGCCGGUUGGGUCGUGGCCCAGAGUGGCUGGUGCCAGGAACCAGAACAGAGACACCCUUAGCAAUCCGUCCCCUUGAGGAAGCGAGUAGGCUCUGCACGUGGCACUGCAGCGCAUUUAAUCACAAGGGAUAAUAACCUGUAAAUAUUAGUUUUUCUAGGACUCCUGAUCCCCAUUCACCUAGAAGACUCACCUAGCAGAGUUUUUCUGGGAAAAGGACCAUGACUCAUUUCAUUCAUUCAUUCAUUCAUUCAUUUUUGGUGAAGAAUUGUAGAACAUGGGAAAGUGCACAGAUCAGUAGUGAUCAGCUUGAUAAAAUUUCACAGACUGAACACACUCAAGUAACAACCAUCAAGACCCAGAACAUGAUCUGCAUCCCAGUCACUACCCUGAUGUCUAAUGCCAUAGAUUACUU